AUGUACUCGGCCGGAGGUCCAGAACGUUCAGGAGAAUUCCGAAGUCCCACUUCUCCGGCACAAAGCAGCCCAUGGUCGCGAACCCUCUUGCCUGCUCUUCAUCAUCCCGGGUUUCUGGCUUUCUGCGGGCCUUUCUUCAACCGCUGGAUCACCGACGACAAAUACAAUGAGCUUGCUCCGCUGUCCUGGCCCAUCUCACGAAAACAACGGCGCAGCCGGACUGCGUUCACUCACCAGCAACUGUCUGCUCUGGAAAGGACAUUCGAGCGAACAGCCUACCCAGACGUCGUCACCAGAGAAAAUCUUGCUCUCUGCACCAACUUGCCAGAGGCACGCAUUCAGGUGUGGUUCAAGAACCGGCGCGCCAAGCAGCGAAAGAACCAGAAGCUUCGAUUGUCUCCCUCGAAAAAGCCCGUUAUCGUGAACAACAGCGAAGAAGCUGCAGAAGAAGAUAGUACGCCUUCUGUAUCGACACGUGAUAUCGCAGGGCCAGAUGUGAAGAAAGACAAUCUCCUGCAGGAAAACAACGUUAUUGGUGAUAAUCAACUUUCGAUGGCAAGGAGCAAUGCUAGCGAACACACAGAACCUGAGACCGUGGAACACACGGCUGCUCAUUUGAGUAGGAACUACAGUGGAAGAUCACCAUCAACGUCUCAUGCGAUUCCUGUACCAACAACGAGCGCUCAACGUCCCUUGCACUUGCAGCCGUUCGCGUUUCCAGGUGCUGCCCAUUCUUUCCCGUGCAUUGCAGCGCCCAACGCCCUCUACUGGUGUACCAAGGCUGCUACUGCGUUUCCCAGAACCUCUACCAGCUGCAACACUACUACGAAUGACUAGGCUUCAACAGUAAAUGUCACGUUCCAGCAACCAGGUCCAAGAGUCUCUGGAACCUGGGAUGUCUCUGCCGUUGCCUUCGUGGCCGUACUAGGGUUGUGAGGUGGCCACUGCAAGGCAGACCUCUUGUAAGGUUUUGUCGGCAAGGGAAGUGCGAUGAA